UCAGGAUCAUUCAGCAAAGAUAAGCCGUGGGACUCAACAUUAACUACAGAGUCCAUCCUUUCCAGGGAGGUGCUGGAUAUCAGAGGGGUUCGGGCGCAAAGACUGGCGCAGAUCCGACACUAUGAGGGCAGCAGAUCAGAGCCGCGGUCUUCAGCCUCUCCACUGAACCGUCAAAAAGAGAAAAUGGGAAGUGCGAGUGAAGACCUGCUCGUCACACUCCAGAUCUUGCCCGGCUUCUUCUCCAACUGUCUCUUUCUGGCUCUGUACGACUCCGUGGUGCUGGUGAAGCGCGUCGUGGCGCUACUGAGCCGGUCGCGCUCCGCCGGCUGCGGAGAGUGGCGACGCAUGCUGACAUCCGAGGGGCUGCGCUCCAUCUGGAACAGCUUCCUGCUGGACGCCUACAAACAGGUGAAACUUGGCUGUGAGGCACCAAACUCCAAGGUGGUGAAGGUUCCCGAUGGACCUCGGUGGAGCAGCACUGUUGUCCCAUGUGGGUCAAGGAUCCAGACUGGAGGUGAAUGUCGCCUUCUGGAUUUCGAGUCAACAGAUCGCCCUCUGGUGGUGAACUUUGGCUCGGCCACCUGACCCCCAUUCAUCAGCCACUUGCCUGCCUUCCGGCAGCUCGUGGAGGACUUCAGCGACGUGGCUGAUUUCCUGUUGGUCUAUAUUGAUGAGGCCCAUCCUUCCGAUGGCUGGGUAGCCCCUCCCAUGGGGCAAUGUUCUUUCAGUUUCCAGAAACACCAGAACCUUGAGGAGAGAAUAGGAGCUGCACGCCAACUCAUCGAUCACUUUUCCCUACCACCACAGUGCCAGCUAGUGGCCGACUGCAUGGAUAACAAUGCCAACAUUGCUUACGGGGUGGCAAAUGAACGGGUCUGCAUAGUGCACCAAAGGAAGAUCGCCUACCUGGGAGGAAAGGGACCAUUUUUCUACAACCUGAAGGAUGUGAGGCAGUGGCUGGAACAGAGUUACGGCAGACGGUAGGAGUUAUGAAUGACAUGACAGAGGACACAUGAACACAGAGCCUCAUGGCUUUGUAUAAGGUAAAACUGAAAAGGGUUUGUCAUAAAGAUGUCAGCCAUCGGGCUCUAAACAACUAUUUCCUGGAACUGCAGAGCACUUUUUUUGUUUUCAUACACACCGAGUGUGUUUUGUCCGCGUUUGUACCGAUUUGCUGCUGAAAAACAUGUUCUAAAGAAGAAAAACACUAAUUUCCAAAUUUGAAAAUAUUUAAGAAAGAUUUUGUGAUUAUUUUUAGAAGGAUUGUAUAUUUUUUACAUCUUUUGUAGAUGUUUUUUGCACUAUUCCAACAAGUUAACAUUUAUCUGCACCUUUACCUUCUUGAUUUUCCAUGCAGGACAUGCUACAGCAUUGUUCUCAUUCAUGUUUUGAUAUGAAACCAAAACAGAUUUAAUGUGGCAGACAUUUGACUCAAUGUGGCCUUUCCUUUUCAUCCCAUUGUUAUUUUAAAUUAAGUUCCUUCUUACAAUAACUGCAUGCAGAGGACAUUAUUCCAUUGGUUAAAAAAAAAAAAAAAAUCUAGCUUAGGGCCACAGGUCUUCAUGGUUUGUCUGUAUCUUAUUUCCCAGUUCCACUACUUUAAUACCACCUCAGGGAUUCAGGGUAGCAAUUGUGUGCUUUUAGUUUCAGUCUAUGUGUGCUUAACUAAAACAUAAAGCCCAGCUUUAAUCUUAUCUGGCAAUUAAAACUUUCCUCCAGCUGACAUGAAGCUUUGCUGUGCUCACUAACAUUUAGAAACACUUCUAUAUGCCUUGCUGUUUUGGAGAGAUUUUGUGAUUUUGAAAUUCCCUGUUUCCACAGGUUGAAUUAUGCAGAAAGUUCAGGCUUUUGAAAUACCUCAAUGCUGAAAAUUACAUUUGGACUAGACUAGAUAAUGAGGAUUCCCCUUAAUAAAAAAGCUGUUUGUAAUUAUUUAGGCAUGACAAAAGCCUUUGGUACGUUUACUCAUCAGUUAUAGGUUGUACCACAUUUUUAUUUGACAAAGGGACUCUUUUUAAAUUAUUUGUCUUUUGAAUGAUUGCUGGGGGGUUUGGAAAGAGAUUUGGUUGGAUUUUGGAAUUGGUAGAUCCAGCUUCCCACUUUGUAACAUUUCAACAGUGGACAAACACACUGCUGUACCGCACAAAUCCGUCUAAAAGUAGGUGAACUUCACAGGGUGUUGGUGAGGUCAGGCAAGCAUGAAGAAGUCAGUGCGCUCCCCGUUAGAGAAGAAUGGAUCACGGUAAGUCAUGGAGGGUUUUGAGCAUGCAUGAAAAGUCAGAAAAGAAUAGAAACAACUUUUAUUGUCCAGUAAAGGGGAAA